AUGCGUAGCGCUCUUCCUUCUCCUUCAGCAUCCGGCAUGCCCUUACGGUCCCGGAGACGACGCCAGCCUAUCGAGGAACGGCCUCCAGGACACUUUUUCACGCUUGGCUCCCUGAGGAGAGUGGGUCAGCGUAUUAUCCGCCCUCCGCCACCGGCACAGGAGGAGCAUUACAAGUGGUUUCUUGCGCCCAGAUUCAACGUCACUCUGCAAGAUGUUAUCGAGGAUAAACAUCUUCCUCCAUUGUCGAGACAGGACUUUGAGGACUUUCUGCAGCAUGCAGACGGGACGAUUGAGUGUCUAUACUUUCACGAAUGGGUUCAGAACUAUCGCAGAUUGUACCAAGAAUGGUCGGAAUCCGUACUCCCAGCUGCGGGGGCCAGCGUUUCAGGUUCAUCAAAGGGCAUAUGCCGCUCGCGGGAUCUUUGGGAGCGCCUCAAGGAUUGCCAGGACCGUCGGCUAAAGGAGGAGUUCACGAGUGCUAAAGCAUUAUUCUUCGAGCCUGGAGCACCCUAUCGACUUAAACUCGACGACAAAAUCCUUUACAAAGUGCUGAACAUACCAAACUAUCCUCCGCAGUGCGGAGAACAUCAAGAAUUCACAUAUAAGCUUCCCUCCUUCCCAAAUCAACCCGAACCAGGUCUCUUCGAUGGGAUUCAACAACAAGUUGAUACGUUGCUUGAGAAGGCUUUUGCUCGGUUUCUCCGUAUCGCGUUUUGCAACUCUGGACUUAUCCAUAGCUCGAUCGGGUUCACCGGAGGUGCAGCUAUCCUAGCAUGGGGGCUGGCUAUGUGGUCCAUGGGAGUCAUGUCGCGCGGGCGGGGCUAUAUCGCUGGGAGUCUGCCAAUAAUCUGGUUUGGGAUUUGGUUCAUGUUGGUCAGCGCGAACAAUCACUGCCUUGUGGUCUAUGUCACUGGCGAUGCUCGUCAGCUCCUACCAUACGAGGUGGCGAGGCCAUUGCCCGUGGGCACAGCACCGCCGCCGGUAUACUCGCUCGCGUUGGUUCCUAAUGACGCUGAAGAGUCGACAUAUUCCUGCAGUCGGAAGGCAUCAACGACUUCGAAUUUACUUCCCUUGGUUAAUACGCCGACCCUGCCGCAACCCCGACGAUCGUACUACCCAUUGGCGCGUCUAGGUUCCCGGAGGGGAAGUGAGCCGACAACGAGAUCGGUGCCAGAAUUCUCCGAGUUGAAGGAACAGCAUAACGAAAUUCCCGACUCGACUUCGACCUCGGCGACAAAGGUCGAAUAUACAUUGCCUCCUGCGCGGCGGACAAAGAAUCUACUCGCGCGUCGCUCGCGGUUGAUGUCAAGCAAGCAAAGGGCUAGGCCCGCAAAUUGGGAUUGGGACUAUGGGACACGAAGGAACGCAGUGGUGGAAUGGCCAGUCGAGAUGAAAGUAGACAGCCCUGUUUAUUCAGAGGAAAAUGACUUUGGGAUCGUCAUUUCAGAUGCAUUCGAGGAAGAUGCCCCUGGGCCAUUUCUAUCUGCCGAGGCGGAUUCUCUACCCGCACCCGCCAACACAUUUAUCACCGUAGGAUUUAAUAGAGAGCCAACCCAGCCUCAUGUCAAUCCAGGGUCCUCCCCAGAACCUCUGGCGCCACUUGUCGAAGCACCCGAAUAUGCUGCACAACGCCGCCGCACGCUAUUGGAUCUAUUUUCCAUAGAGUCGAACUGCAGCCGGAGGGGCAGCAAAGCCUCAGAGGUCGGGCGAGUGCAAAGACAAUCGCCAUGGCCGCGGCGGCUUUUUGGCCCGAUGACUUGGUACAUUCUCCAUUGGUACGGCGAGCGCAUUGGGUAG